AUGGUCAACGGCGCCGCAGCAGUGUUGGAGCCCACGUUUACGGGAUACGUCGCGACGACACAAGAUGCCUUGAUCCUCUUUGAAGCGUGCCUCACGGGUGUUUUGCACCAUGUGCCCCGUCGACCGCACGACCGAGAACGAAGCCAUUUGGUCCGCAGCGGCAGCGUGUUCAUCUACGAAGAAAACUCGUCAGGAAUCAAGCGGUGGACGGACGGAGUGACAUGGAGUCCGAGUCGCAUUCUGGGCAACUUUCUGGUCUACCGUGAGCUGGAGAAGCCGUUCCCACCCGGUGAGAAGAAACGAGCGAUGAAGAAGGCGAAUCGACGACCUGUGCCUUCGACGAGACCCGGGGAGCCUUAUCCGCGACAGGAAGCCACUCCUUCGGCUUAUUCGCCGUCUUCGACCGCAUCGGGUCCGUAUGGAGACAGAUCACACCAGUCGGAGGUGGAGAGGGCGCUGGUCGGUUCCUUGGUGGAUUCGUACGGUUUCAAGGAUUCGGGGCUGGUGAAGAAGACUAUGAGUGUGACGGUGUCUGGUGUGACUCACCACCUGGUGUCGUAUUACAGCGUUGAGGAUGUGAUGCGAGGCGCGUUGAAUCCGCCUUCGAUGGUCGAGUCGUUGCGCUACAUCAGACCCCGUGCCGAACUGACCCAGAAGCAAAGCUUCCGCGCUCCGAUCGACGAUCUAGAGACGGCAGGUAUGGAGAACCCCAAUGAUCCGGCGCAUGCGAUCUACGGAUAUCGCCCGCAGUUGGUGGCUCCCCCAGGAUAUGCGAUGCCCAACCCUCACCCGGAGUUUUACCUCCACGCUUCGCCAUACGCUGCAACCCACCCCCCGCAGUCUGCGGCGAUUCCCGGAUACUCCAUGGCAGCUUCGAUUCCAGGCCAGCAAGCUCCCAAUCCCUAUCUCCCAGCCCCUGCUGCUCCGACACAGAUUCCUCAGAAGCCGGACGAGCCCCCGCACUUCAGAGCGCCGUACGGAAGCUUCGAUUCCCUCAGCCACCACUCUUUGUCCUCGUCGAUCCCUCCCGCCAUCAACACCGCCAUCCCCAGCUCGCUCAGUGACCGUAACCGGUCCCACUCGGAUCACAGCCCGUCGGCUUACCGCAACUCGUCGAUUUCCUCGCGCAGCGUUGCAACCGAUGCCACAUCCCCCAUGGACCCGUCCACUCCGGCUACAUUCUCGCGAGGCAGUUUCAGUCUGGCCACACCAUUGGAUGGAACGCCGCACCCACCGUUGGAGCAGCGUGGUGUUCCAGCCGCCUUUGAUCCCAGCAUCUCUCGCCGAGAAUCCAACCCGAUUCCCGCCUCCUACUACACCGGGAACGACAGACACCCGUACUACAUGGGAGCCACGGCCCCAGGAGCCCAUGUCACCUACCCAGGAGCUCAGCCUCUGUCGACAUGGACAACGGCCGCUCCGGCUCAGCCACAAAUAUAA